ACGUUUAUUUACGCCGUACGUUUAUUUGCGCGGUCUUUGUUCGGUCUCACAAUAACCGGCUUCACGUUGAUAGAAAAUAAAGCAACGUCGAUGUAAAGGGGGCUUUACCUGGAACAUUCAUCUCCAUUUUGUGUUUCACGUGAGCAUGGCUGAAUCGCUGCAGGAAAAAGAGUGCAAUGUGGUCAAGCUUUUCCAUGAACUCUGGGAGGAAUUGCUAAAACAGCGUAUCAACGAGCUUGUCCACAACCAGCGCGACAAGGAUAUGGUAGCAGAGAUUAUUAAGCGCGAAAUCGAAGACUUUCUGCGCACGUUCCCGUUUCGCGACCGGUUUAAUCUUCAUCCCGACGCCAAGGACAAUGCGAAAGCGCUUGCCGCCCGCAACUGUGGCAAUGAGCGGUUCGCCCCGUCGAUCGGUGAGUACAUGGAGUCGCUCCAACACUACAACGAGAGUAUCGCGUACUCGGAGCAAGGUUCGGAAACCAGAGCGCUUGCGUACGGCAAUCGUUCGGCGGUCUGUCUGAAGUUUGGCCUGUACGAAGAGUGUUUGGAAAACAUACGCCUAGCAAGGGCAUCAAACUACCCGGCGCAAUUGGCGGACAAACUGAACAAGCGCGAACAGUAUGUGAAGCGAUGUAUCGAGGAAGAUGCUGAAGAAUUUUCCGACAGAGUAAUGCAUACGCCUGGACAGUAUCGGCCACGUAAUUCAGGAUAUCCGGCACCAAAGUUGAGCUACGAGGCACACGCAAACGUCCCUCAAUUGGUGAAAUGUGUGGAGUUGCGCCAGAACAGCGAAUUCGAUCGUCAUCUAGUGACCACGCAGCAUCUAAAGGCGGGAGACGUCCUGCUGAUUGAGAAACCCUAUGCUCGCAUGCUGAAUGACAAGGAACGGUACAAGCGUUGCGCUUUCUGCCACAAUGAGGACACGUUUACGCUCAUUCCCUGCGAAGGAUGCACUUUAACGAUGUACUGCUCAGACGAAUGUAUGGACAAAGCAUACAAACAGUACCAUCGGUACGAGUGUGGCGUGCUUCGUGACUGUUGGCGCAUUGCUGGUCGCUUGGUGGGAGGCAUCGUGGGACUGCGUAUGGUUGCCACGGCGAUCGCUUCCUUCGAACAGGAUCUCGAGGGUUGGGCCGAUCAUUUGAACGCGCUCGACGAAACGAAGGUGAACGCUUUUACGGUGGACUGGAACAAGGCGACGGACAGCGACAUCUACGACACGGUGCACGUGCUCGCCACGAACCAGAAGAGGCGGAGUCGCGAAGAUCUGGCUAUGCUCAUGUUUUUCACUUCAAUCGUGCACCGCCUAUUGCUGGAACGCACCGAUCUCGGACCGUUUUGCGAGUCGACCCCGACAAGAAGCAAGCUCCUGUUCGAUCUGCUGCUACGCCACUGGCAAACUUCCUUGAUCAAUAAGAAGCAGGUGUAUCACGUGCAACGUUCGGAAGGCCAAGACGAGGAAGACGAGUAUUAUGAGUAUAACUAUGCUGGGUACGAUAGCGACGAUGAGGAGGAAUACUCCGACGAAAUGCAUGCUAUUGCUGUUUACCCUUUGUUUAGCAUGGUGAAUCAUAGCUGCGUACCAAACGUGGCCCCGAUCUAUCUUCUCGAUGGUAGGUGUGCUUUUGUAGCUAACCGACCGAUCGCUGCCGGCGAACAGCUGUUCGACGUCUAUGCAUUUGCUUCAAUGGACUUUGAUCGUUCGUUCCGUAUAUUUUGCCUAAGAAAGUCCUACUAUUUCAAGUGUCGCUGCGCAGUAUGUGAAUCUUUUUCGUACGUGGAUGUCCGCAAUAUGACCCCACAGGAAGCAAAUUUUCUCCGACUGCUACGUAUGGUGAAUGUCCCGGAGCAUCAAUUACCAAUGCUGGUAGAGCACAUGAACGAAGUGGGAAGGCGCUAUCCUAAGCAUCAAUACACGGCCGCGGAAGUGGUACUGGUGCGUAUCUUGCGCAUGAUGCACAGCUACUCGCUGGAGGAUGAUAUGCUCAACACGUUUGGGAGCAUUGGUCUUCCGGGUUUGGCAGCCUCUUUGAGUCGAAGUCGAGCUGGGAAUUUCAGAUAGGUGAUAAUGUCGUGAAAUUUGCAUUCCUUAAUUGUGUUCACCCUCAAAGGGAAGAACCAAUCUCCUGAACUUAAAUGCCAUCUUGUUUUACUUAGAACUACCAUGCUCUUUCUACUGCUUGAAAAAUAAUACUUUUUUGAAUUUUAAAAUAAAACAGAAAUAAAAUACUAGUUUUGAGUUUUA